UCGUACCACAAUUAAUACCCGUUAAAGCAUCCGUCACAGAGUGGUUCAUCCUCGCAGAAGUAACCAGCUGAAAUCACGGCAGCCAUCGACCACACGAUUUAUCAUCCAUCAUGAAUGAUAUUCAAGAAACCGUCAUGACCACCACGACACACGCCAAGAAACCGGUUCGGCGGGGAAACACCUCAGGCCUUAUCGGAUUGUGGAACAGUCGGGUCAUUCCGGGAGAAGAUAGCCUUUCCGACGAGCUCGGCAAUGGAUCCUCCGUGGACCAGAAUAGCAAUUCAGACCUCCUCCAGAUUCGGGAGCGCGCCAUGCGCCGAAUCAGUGUUCGAGAUCCGCCCUCACCUGCCUCGCUGGAGGCCAACCGGCGCAAGCCAUACAUGCCGCAAACCUUGAGUGCGCCCAAAGCCAAUGGACCAUCGUUGUCCAUGUUGGGCGACACGCUCCGCGUGGAUCCAAGCCUCAAGACCCGAAAGACCAGUGAAUUAGUCCGGCCCACGUUUUCCAUUCUGAAGGACAUUUCUGAAGAGCGAGGCAUGUUUGCGGGUGGCAUUCUACACGAGCGGCCGCAUUCGUCUUCGCACGAGAAGACUUUGCCCACGGUGGUCAUUGAGAACAAAGUCCUCACGGAUGACUCCAUCCAACGGGCCAAUACGCCUCGCCGUGGAUCUGGAGCAGGACUGGGACGAUCCAAAAGUGUGAAGAUCAACCGAGUCAAGUUUGGUCUGAUGCUCGACGCCACUGAAGGUAAGCCGUUGACCCGACAUGCGUGGUUUCUUGCGCCAAUCCAAAGGUUGGAUCUUCUGAAGUGGUGCGUUUGUUUUCAUGCCGCUCACUAAUCCUGAUCUAGAUUUAAACCUCGUAUUCACAAGCAUGGUUCUGAAC